CGUAUUGAAUUUUCAGUAUUUAACCAAAAGCCGAACAAUAAACAACAAUCUUAAAAUCUUAAACGGAUAAUUUAAAUAAGAAAUAACAAAAGAAGAAAAAGAAAAAAAACAACACCAACAUUUCAAAGCAAUUCGCCCAACAACAAAAUAAAAGAAAAAUCUAAACAGACAAUACCCCACCAGCAUCCAUCAAUCAUGGUCAAUGAAAUUAAUAAACCCUCUUCGGUCACGGAUGGCCCCCCUGCUCUUGACAAUGCGCAAUUAGGUCAGCGUUUGGCAUCCUCCAGUCAGGCACUUGUCGAAAUGCAAACCGAACAUCAACAGCUCAUGCAAGAAAUGGAACAGCUACGAGUACGUGCCGAACAGCUACAAAGUGUCCGUGAAGUCCAAGAAGAACAACACGAAAUCGAAACUCAUCGAGUGUGCGAACGUUCGGUGGAACAAGUCAGCCGUUCGGUGGCCGCCGAAGAAGUUAUGCACAUACGUUGUACCACAACCGAAGAGGUGAUUGUCGAGGAAGUCGAUGAAGAUGAAAAUCCUGAGGAGGCGGAAUAUAUUCGUGCCAAGUUAGCUGAAAUUGCCAAGUUAAAGGCCCAGUUCAAUAGAGUUCAAAAUAUGAUCUCCACCACGGAUAUGAUAGAGAAACACAUAGGAGAACAAUCAUCGGUGGCUGAGAUAAAACAAGCUGCCGAAGCCAUACGUAGUGCAACGGCUUCGUCCAGUAUGGUCAAGCAGGCCAGUCAAGAAGUGGUGCAGCAGCAACAAGUUUCCCAAACCUCAUCGUCUAGCAUGAUCAAGCAGGCUAGCCAAGAAAUUGUGCAACAACAACAAAUUUCCGAAUCCAUUCAAAGCUCCUCGACAUCGAGUGUCACACAGCAAGCCAGCCGUCAAAUUGUGCAAAAACAAGAAUCCUCAGAAACAAUUCAAAGUUCCUCCUCCACCAGUGUCACCAAAGAGGCACGACAUGGAGUAAUGCAACAACAAACAGCUGUAUCUUCAUCCAGCAGUGCCAUUAUGGAAUCAUCGGUAGAACAAAGUAUUUCCUCGUCAUCAUCAACAACAUCGGGCGCCAUUACGGCCGGUGGCUCCGAUGAGAAACAACAGCUCUUGGAAUCAAUGAUAGAUAUGUUUCAAGAUUUGAAUUCUGAUCUGAAGACGCAAGCCGAAAGUCUUCGGGAGGAAAGGGAACGUAUUAAGGCACUGAAAGAACACAUAAUUGCCUCCAAAAAGGAACAGCCUCAGUAGAUUGUAGAAAAGAAAAGCUAAGGGAUGAUGUGAAUUAAGUUUUAAUAAAAAUUAUUGACAAUUUAUAAAAUUAA